GGUUCGGGCGGCGGGGGCGGGGGCGGGGCCGGGGUGGUGCCAAGGCUGCAGCGGGCCGGGCAAGAUGGCUGCCGUAGAGGCCGAGACGGGGCUGCUGACCCUGGAGUCGCUGCCCACCGACCCUCUGCUGCUCAUCUUAUCCUUCGUGGACUACAGGGACCUAAUCAAUUGUUGCUAUGUUAGUCGAAGACUUAGCCAGCUUUCAACUCAUGAUCCACUGUGGAGAAGACAUUGCAAAAAAUACUGGCUGAUAUCUGAGGAAGAAAAAGCCGGGAAGAGUCAGUGCUGGAGAUCCCUCUUCAUAGAGACCUACUCAGACGUGGGGAGGUACAUCGACCAUUACGCCGCCAUUAAAAAGGCCUGGCGUGACCUCAAGAAGUACUUGGAGCCCAGGUGUCCUCGGAUGGUUUUAUCUCUGAAAGAGGGCGCACGUGAGGAAGACCUGGAUGCUGUCGAAGCUCAGAUCGGUUGCAAGCUCCCGGAUGAUUAUCGCUGUUCAUACCGGAUCCACAACGGGCAAAAGUUAGUGGUGCCGGGGUUGCUGGGAAGUAUGGCACUGUCCAAUCACUACCGCUCUGAAGAUCUACUAGAUGUUGAUACUGCUGCAGGAGGAUUUCAGCAGAGACAGGGACUGAAAUACUGUCUCCCUUUAACCUUUUGCAUACACACCGGCUUGAGUCAGUACAUAGCUGUGGAGGCUGCAGAGGGGCGGAAUAAGAACGAAGUGUUCUACCAAUGUCCAGACCAAAUGGCUCGGAAUCCUGCUGCUAUUGACAUGUUUAUCAUAGGUGCUACUUUUACCGACUGGUUUACAUCCUAUGUCAACAAUGUUGUAUCAGGUGGUUUCCCCAUCAUCAGAGACCAGAUUUUCAGAUAUAUUCAUGAUCCAGAAUGUGUGGCAACAACUGGAGAUAUUACAGUUUCAGUGUCCACAUCGUUUCUGCCAGAACUCAGCUCUGUGCAUCCGCCACACUAUUUCUUCACAUACCGAAUCAGGAUUGAAAUGUCAAGGGAUGCUCUUCCUGAGAAGGCCUGUCAGUUGGACAGUCGCUACUGGAGGAUAACAAACGCUAAAGGGGAUGUGGAAGAAGUCCAGGGACCUGGAGUAGUCGGUGAAUUUCCAAUUAUUAGCCCAGGUCGGAUAUAUGAAUACACAAGCUGUACCACAUUUUCUACAACAUCAGGCUACAUGGAAGGGUAUUACACCUUCCAUUUUCUGUACUUUAAGGACAAGGUCUUUAAUGUUGCCAUCCCCCGAUUCCACAUGGCAUGUCCAACAUUCAGGGUGUCUAUAGCUCGAUUGGAAAUGGGUCCUGAUGAAUAUGAAGAGAUGGAGGAGGAAGCUGAGGAGGAGGAGGAGGAAGAAAAUGAUGACUCUGCAGACAUGGAUGAAUCCGAUGAGUCAGAUGCGGAUGAGAAUGAGUCAGAUGAGGGUGAAGGGGAGGCGAGACGGAGGAGGGUCUUUGAUGUUCCCAUUCGCAGACGCCGCUGCUCUCGUCUGUUUUAGCUGCUGCUGAAGGAAGCUCUGGGAUGACACUGUUCUGUUAAACAGUUUUGUCAAUAAUGUAAAUAAUUGUGCUCAGCAUAUAGCCGGAAGCUCGCAUGAAAUGUUGUUCCAGACCUAGGCGCUACAUGACACUACAUUAGGCGUUGGAUCGCUUUGCUUGACUUUGUGCUUGUAGGUAGAGGAACAAAUGGGAAUUGUUUGUUUUCUCUUCCAGGGGUCAAUGGGAGAGCAGCUCUCUAGCUAAAGAACAGGAGUUCCUUUGUUUAAAAAUAUUUUCUACUUAAAAACAAAACAGAGGUGAAGGGGAAAUUGUUUUGGAUGAGGAUUUUAUAUGUAACAAAAACACCCACCCAAGGGCAGAAAGAGACUGCAGGAAGGACUGACUGUGCAAAGACCCCUCUCAGUUGUUUAGACACUAACAAAAUUUAUACUUAGCUUAAUCCACUUCAUGGUUGUUAACAUUUUAUACUCAUUGGGCAACUAAAUGGCUAAGUUCAAUAGGGAUAGUUUGCCCUUACUUAGACAAUCUCUCCUUGCAUUAGUCUUUGUCACACCGACCUGAGUUGCAAAUUUUUAUCAUUACUUUUAAUUUAAAGUCUUCAACAUAACUUUGGGCUUUAAAAGUUAAAGUUCUUACGCUAUGACCGUUCUCACAUUAUUUAUAGAUUCAUCAUUUUAAAUGUAGUUUGUGAAAGUACGUAGGGUGUUGCUAAAGAUUCUUCAUGAUGUCUCAUGUAGUCUAAAUUUGUAAAUAUGCUUUCUGUUUUGUUUCUUUAUACAUUUGUCUAACUUUGUGGUAAGUGAUCUGAAUUUUAUGUUAGGGUUAGGAUAUUUUUGUGAAACAUGGAUAUUUUUUUUUUGGUAAUUAUAUAAUUGAGAGUUUGGAAUGAAAUCCUUCAAGUGUCAAAAACUCCUAUUUUGAAAACAUUUUUGUGUAAGUGCCUAUUUCCCAUAGAUAGUAUUGAGCUUUUGUUCUUAAGCUGGAAGAUGGCCAUGGUGCUUGCUGGCUUACAGCCUGAGUAUAGCUGGUCCAUUCAGAGCUGACUGCUGGCUUUGCUUACACCUGGAGAAAAUGAGAGCGCCAUAUUCAGGUCUAAGUGCCUGCUCUCGGGUACCGUGAGCAAACUUGCCCUUUUAUGAAGACAGAUCAGAAUAUUCCAAGUCAUUUUCCUACUUAUUUUUCAUAAAAGAGUACAAUCGCAUGGUGUUUCAACAGAAGCCCGCGGCAGCCUCAUCUUCUGUAUACCACAUCUGUUGAAUGUAUCAUUUUUCUCUUGUGCUUGAUUAAAUCUCAUGUGUUUUUGUUUGUUAUGGCCCAAAGCAUACACAGUCUACUGCUAAAGUUGACAGUAAGUUGUCAUCAAGUGAUUGUCCUAGAAAUGAAAUUAAAAUGAAGGACUUUGAAGCGGAAGCAUCACCAUGGCUACUGCUUAUUAAGUCAGCCGCUUCACCAUAGCUGCACCCGCAGAGGACAAGAACAGGUAGGACGUAAGUUACUGGAGCAUCUGCUUCAUUGAAGGCAGUACGACUAUUUCAAGAGAGGUCAAUAUCAGAUCUGGAGACCCUUGUUUGUAAUCACCUGACGUGACAAAAAUGUGUCCUCAACAGCAUGAUGACCACUGCCAAAGCAGGGUUUGCCUACAGCGUUGAAAGAGAAGACUAGACCUGUCAGAGUUCCUGAGAACUCUGGGUGGUCUAAAAUGAUUGAAGAUCAUUAGAGAAUUUGAAAGGAAGUGAUAAACCUGCAAACUUGUGGGUAAAGGCCGCUAACUUUUAAAAGCUAGAAAAGUGGGUGUGGAGAGCGGUUACUCGCCAGAGCAAGCCCUCCUCUAUUCCAUCUAGGUUUGUAUAAAAUACAUUUUGUGGUCUUUGCACAGUGAUAAAAUUACCUGGCAACACAGUCACCUAAUGACUCAUUUCUUAAACUAUAUUCCCACUGUUAAGUGAGAACAUGGCUGUUAUCAGACUUGAAAUACUAUUCAGGCUACCCUUGUUAAAAAAUAGUCAACCCUUUUAAUUUAGGCUGCCAUAAUAAAAUACCCUUGAUUAUAAUAUAAAUAGAAAAUAUAGCCAGGCCAUGGUGGCACAUACCUGUAAUCCCAACUUGAGAGGCAGAUUGAGGCAGAAGGAUUAUAGUGAGUUUGAAAUUAGCCCAGGCUACAAAGUAAAAUCUUGUCUUUAAAAAAAAAAAUGUAGCUAUACAAACAAGUCGUUAAUAACAACCUAAUGUCCUACAUUUUCAUAAAGAUGCUUUGUUGAUUAGUCAGUAUAAGGAAGGAGACAGGAUGUAGACAACAAACAUUCAGACCCUAGUAUCAACCCCCUUUAAAAGGACUUUCCCAGUAAAGUAGCAAUUAAGAAACCAUGACAAAGCUGGCCCCACACUUCCUUGUCAUUCCUUGUAUCUUUUUUCUAGUACAUUGAUGGCCCAACUGUGCCUGAGCCCAGCCUAAUGUUUGUUAUAGUACUUCAUGAUUGCUUAGCCUCCCUUCAAAAUUUGCCUUUUGGUAUAUUCAACAGACUUUUAUUUUCUGGGACAGAGGACAAUAACAGACCAAAGAAAUCCAUCCAAGCUCAGCCUGGUGGGCCAACAAAUUAUCAGGAUUACUAACAGGAACAUGGAUGAUUGACAGCUGCAACUGAGGAACAACAUAGCAGCCUGGGGGAGGACUCACAAGCAUUGGGGUUCCUGGGAAACUCAAGGCAGCUGCAUGUUUGAAGAAUCUCUUCUAGCAAGUUUGCACUGCUUAUAUAACCACUGGGAGAGGUGUUUGGUCAUAAAUCUCAGAAUCUUGAAUCCUCUGAGGAGUUUCAUGAGCCUUCCUACUCCCAUCAGGAGGCUGUUUCUAUGAAUAGGAAUUAGCUGUACAAUAAACCUCCACAUCACACAAAGGUGUGGUUAGUUGACAAGCCUCUGUAAACUACAUUGCAAAAAUUCUUAUUCAUGAAAGUGUUUAGCAUGUAUGGGUGCUUUGCCCUCUGUGUAUAUCUGUGCACCACUUGGGUGCCCAGUGCCCAUGGAGGCCACUAGCAUUAUUGGAUGCCCUAGGUUCUGAGAGUUGAAACUGAAUGGUCUGGAUCUGGAACUGAAGUCAGUGCUAUUAACUGCUGAGCCAUCCCUCUAGCCCCUCAAUAAACGGAGUUUAACCAUU